CUCCAGGCAGUCGGUGAUAACUUGGCUCUCAAUACCAUACUUGGCUUUGCUGGAAGUUUUAGUGCAAACUACUAUUGCAGGUUCUGCAAGGCACUUAAGGCAAUAUGCAGAAAACAGGUAGUUGUUGAUGAAAGGUUACUUCGUACUAAAGAAAACGUUGAUUAUGAUAUCAGUUUAAAAGAUGUAUCCCAAACAGGACUCCGGAGAUCAUGUGCUCUCAAUUCACUGAGCUAUUACCACGUAUCACAAAACUAUGCUCCUGACCUGAUGCACGAUUUCCUAGAAGGGUUACUUCCAUUUGAGAUGAAACUUGUCCUGUCUGAGCUCAUACAACAGGGCAGAUUUAGCCUUGAUGAACUAAACAGUCGUAUUCGGUCAUUCAGCUACGGCGUAACAGAACACGCAAACAAGCCCAGCCUCAUCCUUCAAAGUCACCUUAACAACCCAUUUGGAGCAAGUGGUCAAAAGGCAUCACAGAUGAGCUGUCUUGUUGAAUUCAUACCUCUGAUUGUGGGAGAUAAAGUUGAAGAAGGGUGUGAAUACUGGAGGUUGUUCACAAUUCUUCUGGAAAUCUUCCAGCUGGUCAUAGCACCAAACAUUAGCAUUGCUGUUACCUACUACUUGCAGUCAAGGAUUAGUGAGCAUCAUCAGUUGUAUUUGCAACUAUUUCCUGAUAACCAUCUCCUCCCCAAGCAUCACAAUCUUCUCCACUAUCCCCGAGCAAUGAGAGAGCUAGGUCCUUUGUCACAGUAUGCUUGUAUGAGGCAAGAAGGAAAGCACAAGCCUUUGAAAAGGUGGGCAAAAACUUGCAAUAACUACAAGAACAUUGCCAAAACAAUUGCACGUAAACACCAGGAAGAUCAAGCAUUCAGAAUGCUCAAGAAAGAAAACAUCAACAGCGAAUGUGUAUGCAUCCACAGUUCAGAAUUUGUUAAAGUGUGUGAUCUUGAUAGUGAGGCAGAAGUAUGUCAGCUGUUGAGCUGUGAACCUGAUGCUGUACUAGAAUUGUGUGAUAAAGUAACAUUUUAUGGAUACACAUACAGACCUAAUAUAAUGUUGCUAACUGACUGGUGUGGUGAACUACCAUCUUUCUCAAGAAUUGAUUGUCUUAUGAGAAAGCAGGAUAGACUAUAUUUGAUGAUCCAACCAUGGAAGACAAAUUACUUUCAUGGUCACUUUCAAGCCUAUGUUGCAUCAGAAGAUGAGUUGGCUACACUGCAGUUGGUUGAUCCUGAAAACCUGUUUGAACACAGACCUGUUCAUGCAGUGAAGAGUCAUGGUAUUGCAGAUCAUCGGUGGUACAUUCCUACCCGAUACAUGCUGUCAUAACUGCAUCAAAGUUAACUCAGAGCCAAAAGUGACUUACAGGAUAAAGCAAACGAUUCUGCAGAAUCUGUACUGACAGGCAUGCAGAUGGGCUGGGAGUCACCCGAGCUGUCUGAUGAUUUCAUGAUAUCAGAUGUGGAAUCAGUUCCUUUCGACCUUUCUCAGGCUUCAACUAUUGCAGUAGAUGAAGAUUCAUGCUCAUCAGUAGUCAAUGAUUUGAACAGCAGCAGUGACACGCCACCACUCAAGCGCCAGAAAGCAGUAAGAUACGAUGUGGGUGAAAUUCUAAAGAAAACCAUGGAAGGAAGAAAAACGUUGGAGGAAGUAACUCGAAUGAAAGUCUGCGCACCACACAACACUCGUGUCGUCUGUAAUUUGUGUACAGAGCACCUUGUAAACUUGCAUGGCCUAAGACCUGGCCCUGACAUGAAAGGGGCAAUGGCCUCCUCAAUCAUCGCAGAGUUCCCCUUCCUGAAAGAUCCAGCUGGAAAUGGAGAUGAGGAAUGGUACUUCAAAAGCUCCAAAUGUCCUGCAGGUGGUAGGAUAGAGAAUAGACUCAAGUAUUUAAGAAGAAUAACAGCGGAGAAAGACAAGAAGCAAGUCGGGGUUGGCAGUCCUGAGGAUAUAGCUUCAACAUCUUCCAGUGAGGAUCUAGCAUCUCCUCAGAUGAAUUAUGAUCUUGCAGACAUGAAAGUCAUCACUGAAUGGUUGAAAAGUCAUAACACCCCCCAAAAAGAUGUUGUGGCCAAAAUGCAGCUGACAUCAGCAUAUAGAAAGGACUUUGUACAUUCAACACUGCCGGGAAGUUCCAGGAAAAAGCCUUGUGUGGCUGAAGUGCUGGAUGAGUUUCCACAUCUCCUUUCCCCUGGAAUGAUUGAGCAAGACUACGAAAUGCUGUUUUCGGGGAGAGGAAAGCACCUCUAUACAAAGUGGCCGGUGGUGUCUGCGUGCAUCCUAGAAUAUGCAAACCGAGUAAGCCCAGGGUGGAAGGCCAGAUUUAACGUUCAGCAUAGAAAAGACACAGACUUCAGUCAAGAUGAGAGGAUGAACCUGGCAUUUUGCCUUCUCUCGCAUUUGUUCCCUGGAAAGAAGUCAACAAAGGGAGGAAGAGCUUCCAUCCAAGAAGCCUUGGAUAAUUUCAUUGACUUUCAAAAGGAAGGGACCAAUGUAGAGGCAUACAAAUCUUCGCAUGGGAGGAACCAACCUUUCAUCCUAGCCCUAGGAGGACACUUCUGCAAUCCAGCUCAGACUUUUGUUGUAUUGGAGCACCACGUUCUUGAGCAGAAGAGUCUCGUUGCAGCUGUAGAUUUGUGCUACAAGAUCUUUCAGAUCUUUGAUCUACAGUAUCCAUGCCAGGCAAGAGCAAUGUGGGUCGUGAUGGACACCAUUGCUUUUGAUGUCAAACCAGGAGCUCAAGAGUCUGGUGCAGUGAGAGCCUUCAGGGCAUAUUACCAUUUCAACCAGAAAUAAAGCCUUGGAAUGUGUUGUUCUAUCAACAGGCCUUUUGAAAUUGAAAUGAUCACUUAGAAAAUUGUCAUUAAAAAGAAAACAGAUUUAUGAACCCCAAACUAUUAUAAUAUUUUGAAAGAGUAACUCCUCCCACAUCUUCGGUACCAUUUUUGUGUGGUAUGUGUUUACGCUUGGAUGAACAUAGCACAUUGAUCAAAAGAUGUAAAAAGUGUCAAAGUAGGGGUGUAGUUGAAAUAACCCCCCAAAAAACAACCCCACACAUAUCAAACUGGUGUAACUUUUUAACGGAACAGUAUUGAGCAAUUAACUUAAAAGAAGUGUUCUUACACCUAACAACUACAUUCUGUGUAAAAAAAUGAGAUAGAUCCGUGGAGCCAUUCACGAGUGAGCACACGUCAAAGAAAACAAUGAUCACUUUUCAAGAGUAUCAAUAGUCCUUUUUAUGUCUAUAAGUGACCAUUUUCUCUUUGAUGUGUGCUCACUCAUAGAAUAACUUGAUAGAUCAAUCUAAUCUUUACACAGAAUUUAGUCGAUAGGUGUAACAGCACUCUUGCUAAGUUACUUUGCUCAAAACCUUUUCGUUAAAAUGUUAUGCCACUUUGAUCAGGAUGGAGUUGCUUUUUUGUUGUUUUGAUUUUUUGGCACAAGUCGAAUUAUACAUGUUCGCAAACAAUGCACCAUGUUCAACCAAGCGUAAACACAUUCCACAUUAAAUGGUGACGAAGAUGCGGGAAAAGUUACUCUUCCAAAAUAUGUAUAAUUUGGGGUUCAUAAAUUGGUUUUCUUUAUAAUGAAAAUUUUCUAAGUGUUUAGUUUUUUUUUAUUCACUUGGUAAUGCAGCACAGUUUUUAGAUUUACAAUUCCUGUUGUUAUCUUAGGAUUUUAAUAACAUCAUAUUCAUGUUCUUUGGAAAAACCAAUCAUACAGAAAGAUGCUUGCAAUGUGCUCUCCAUUGUUCUCUCAAAUAAUCAACAACUCUUCGAAUUUGUAACAUUUUGAAUUAGCAUUGGUUUUUAUAUGAGGGCAACUCUUGUGUUGCAUAUUGUCCUGGGCAUGUUUCAUUGUUGUAGUUAUAUGCAGCCAAAACGUUAACAGCAUAUAUUGAGAUUUUUAUUGUGAACCAAAUUUAUGGCUUAUGUACGUACAUGCCAUUUUCUGUAUUUGUUAAUUAUAUAUAUGCCAAUACAACAAAAUACAAACAAAAAUGUGGCCAGGACUACUUCACACAAAUGGGGCAAACAUCAUGGUUUUUGCGAAACCCAUAAACUGGCACUGGUAUGAAGCCAUUCUACUAAUUCUGAGUGGAUAUUGGGUGUGAGUGCAUUAGUGAAAAUGCCAAAAUAAUAGUGACCACGGUUUCUAUCAGCUACAUUUUUAGUGUUUUUCUUCUUGUAAAAACAAUGAGAAAUUACAUGGAACAGAUGCUUCAGCCUUCUUCAAUUUUGACACAAAAUUGCACACUCUUUCAUGCUGUGAAAAUUUGUUAGAAUCAGCUUGAAUAUGAAAUUUUUGAAAAAUGGAAGAUUAAAAAAAAUUGUAUUUUUUCUUUCCUAAGCGUAUUAAGUGUUAAAGAACAAGAGCCAUUUUUUCUUGUUUGCUCUGCAGAUUAUUGAAGUUCUUUUGAAGUCAAAUUUUAGAGGGUAGACUAUAAUCAUCUGAUCAUUAUCUCUAAAUGCUAAAUACAAAAGUGUCUUAUUUUUCUAAUUAUGCAACUACCUUUUACUUCUUGUUUCUACAAUAAUAAAUGUUGGGCUUCUUUUUUUCUCUCUUCUUUUUUUUUUAGGCUGAAUUUCCUUAGAUUUCUUAAUGUUCUGUGUUUUGAUAUGCAUUUUAAUAUUUGCUUUCUUGUGUUGCAUAUUGUCCUGGGCAUGUUUCAUUGUUAUAGUUGUAUGCAGCCAAAAUGUUAAAAGCAUAUAUUGAGAUUUUUAUUGUGAACCAAAUUUAUGGCUUAUGUACAUGCCAUUUUCUGUAUUUGUUAAUUAUAUAUAUGCCAAUACAACAAAAUUCACAUUCCCAUGUGGCCAGGACUACUUCACACAAAUGGGGCAAACAUCAUGGUUUUUGCGAAACCCAUAAACUGGCACUGGUAUGAAGCCAUUCUACUAAUUCUGAGUGGAUAUUGGGUGUGAGUGCAUUAGUGAAAAAGCCAGAAUAAUAGUGACCACGGUUUCUAUCAGCUACAUUUUUAGUGUUUUUCUUUUUGUAAAAACAAUGAGAAAUUACAUGGAACAGAUGCUUCAGCCUUCUUCAAUUUUGACACAAAAUUGCAUACUCUUUCAUGCUGCGAAAAUUUGUUAGAAUCAGCUUGAAUAUGAAAAUUUUUGAAAAAUGGAAGAUUAAAAAAAAUUGUAUUUUUUCUUUCCUAAGCGUAUUAAGUGUUAAAGAACAAGAGCCAUUUUUUCUUGUUUGCUCUGCAGAUUAUUGAAGUUCUUUUGAAGUCAAAUUUUAGAGGGUAGACUGUAAUCAUCUGAUCAUUAUCUCUAAUUGCUAAAUACAAAAGUGUCUUAUUUUUCUAAUUAUGCAACUACCUUUUACUUCUUGUUUCUACAAUAAUAAAUGUUGGGCUUCUUUUUUUCUCCCUUCUUUUUUUUUUAGGCUGAAUUUCCUUAGAUUUUUUAAUGUUCUGUGUUUUGAUAUGCAUUUUAAUAUUUGCUUUCUUGUUAUAAGAUGAAGAAAUUAAAAGAUCUUUUUGUAAACUACA